AUGAAACUUCGUUCACACGAAAUCCUUUCGACGAAUAAAACUCCUAUACGAACAACAAAUCCUUCACGUUUUAAACAAUUAUUUCAACGGAAAAAUUUAUUUAAAAAAAAAUUUCAACAACAACAACCACAUCAACAUGGCCUUAUCCAUACAAUUCCACAUUAUGUUCGAAAAAGUAUAUUUCGUUUUCUACUUGAAGUGAAAUCACCUACGCCUUCUCCUCCGCCUCCUUCACAAACACAUCGUCAACAACCAUUAAUGGGUAUUCAAGCAUUAAAAACUAAAAAACAAUAUACAGAUCAUCAACCAAAACGAUCAUUACGACUAAAACAACAACAAAUUAUUAUUAAUAAAUCUUUCGAAGAUUAUCAACAACAACAGCAACAAAACAAUUAUGAUAUGACUAUUUUACAUAUGAAUAUCGAUGAUGCUGACGAUGAUGAUGAAGAUGAUGAUAGUUUAAUAUUUGCUAUUAAAACGAGUACUAAUCAAAAGAAACAAAUUCCACAAUGGGCAAGAAAAAAUGAAUUACAAAUUGCAAUAUGUAAUCAAUUAUAUUUUCAUCGAAAUCCAAGUGAAAUAUUUGGUAAUACAAUUGAUUGUUCACCAACACAUCUACGUACAAUACUUCAUUCAAUGUUGCCUAAUGUUGAUUUAUUUGAUGAUAGUCUUCUACAUCAAUCAUUAAACAAUAGUAACAAAUCUCUAUUGAUUUAA